UUGCUGGGAGAUUUUCACUUUCAACUUUUUCACCAACUUCUGGAUUCCUGCACAGUCUUUCUAAUCAAGUUUGUGCCGUGGAUGUGGUCCAUAAUGGGGGUGCCCGGGAUUUUGUUGUUGCUCCUAAUGUUGCAGAUUUUUACAGAAGGCAUUUCAGUGACAUAUGUCUCCAGCUGUGAUUCAUGUCAUGAUGAAGCAACCUGCCUGGAGUCACGAGAAAGAGGCGACUCUUUCACCACCCAAGUGCACUCUUGUGUCUGUAAAGAUGGCUUUGUAGGCGAUGGUCUUAGCUGUUACAAUACGAAACUCUGCAAUGACUCCUCUUGCUGUAGCCGAGGUUAUCACUGGUCACCAAACGGCGGCUGUGUGGACACUGACGAGUGCUCCCUCCCAGACUCACCCUGCAUGGCACCUCAGGUUUGUCAAAACACCCAAGGCUCCUUCGAAUGCCUGGAGCCUUCCUCCGGGACCAAAUCAGGCCCCUCUUUCCAAUCUGUCUAUUUCCACUGUGGAGACACAGUUUGUCCUUUAGGUAUGGACUGCAUCAGUAAAAAUGGGUCUGAGCGCUGUGCUGACCCCUGUGAGCACUAUACAGUACUGAAUGAUGACUGGCGUGCAACGAACAACACAUCAAAUCAGAUACACUGUGACCGAGAUAUCAACUGGAAAGGCUGGUAUCGCAUGUUUCUGGGGCAAACCAGUGCUCAUAUUCCAGAGAAGUGUGUGGGUGAAAACAAAUGUGGAACUCAUGCUAGUAUGUGGAUAACCGAACCUAAUCCCACACAGUCAGGUCAAAUUGUUAUGCGCACUGUGUGUAAUGCCUGGGCCGGCAGCUGCUGCCAUUUUACCACAAACACCAUCCAUGUCAAGCUCUGCUAUGGAAACUACUAUGUCUACAAACUUGUGAGGCCAUCCACAUGUAACCUUGCAUACUGUGCAGAGGUGAGCAGAACCGGCCCUACAGUUUUACCAACCACACCUCAUCCACCACCUCAGAACUUCACCACCAAUCAGGGGAAAACUACCACAACAACAGCAGGCAACAGCACAGCAGUUGAGGGGCAGGUCCGUCUGGCCAAUGGAGGAAACAACUCCUGCUCUGGCAGAGUAGAGAUCUUCCACCGUGGACAGUGGGGGACGGUUUGUGACGAUGCCUGGGACCUGGUUGAUGCUCAGGUGGUGUGUAGACAGCUGGGCUGUGGCAGGGCCCUGUCAGCACCACAAGGUGCACGCUUUGGACAGGGAAGCGGGCCCAUCUGGUUGGAUGAUGUCACAUGCAGAGGCAGCGAAUCACAGCUCAGCGAGUGCAGCCACAGAGGGGUGGGAACUCACAACUGUAAUCACAAUGAGGAUGCUGGUGUGGUCUGCGAAGCUGGUUCACCAGUGAGGCUGGUCAACUCUGACAACCGGUGCUCUGGCAGAGUGGAGGUCUACCAUGAUGGACAGUGGGGGACAGUGUGUGACGAUGGCUGGGACCUGAGGGACGCCAACGUGGUGUGUAGACAGCUGGGCUGUGGCACUGCUCGUUCAGCACUAUCAAAUGCAGCUUUUGGACAGGGCAGUGGACCCAUCUGGUUGGACGAUGUCAGUUGUUCUGGAAAUGAAUCAUCAAUAACAGACUGCAGACAUCCAGGGUUUGGGGUCCACAACUGUCGUCACGGUGAAGAUGCCAGCAUCAUCUGUGAAGUUCAACCAGAACUCAACAGCACAGUUUUACCAACCACACCUCAUCCACCACCUCAGAACUUCACUACCGAUCAGGUGGAAACUACCACAACAACAACAAGUAACAGCACAGCAGUUGAGGGGCAGGUCCGUCUGGCCAAUGGAGGAAACAACUCCUGCUCUGGCAGAGUAGAGAUCUUCCACCGUGGACAGUGGGGGACGGUUUGUGACGAUGCCUGGGACCUGGUUGAUGCUCAGGUGGUGUGUAGACAGCUGGGCUGUGGCAGGGCCCUGUCAGCACCACAAGGUGCACGCUUUGGACAGGGAAGCGGGCCCAUCUGGUUGGAUGAUGUCACAUGCAGAGGCAGCGAAUCAAAGCUCAGCGAGUGCAGCCACAGAGGGUUUGGGUCUCACAACUGUAAUCACAAUGAGGAUGCUGGUGUGGUCUGUGAAGCUGGUUCACCAGUGAGGCUGGUCAACUCUGACAACCGGUGCUCUGGCAGAGUGGAGGUCUACCAUGAUGGACAGUGGGGGACAGUGUGUGACGAUGGCUGGGACCUGAGGGAGGCCCUAACGUGUUUUGUAGACAGCUGGGCUGUGGCACUGCUCGUUCAGCACAUAACAGCGCUUUUGGAUAGGGCAGUGGACCCAUCUGACUGCAGACAUCGAGGGUUUGGGGGUUUACAACGCGGCUGUCGCCACGGUGAAGAUGCCAGCAUCAUCUGUGAAGUUCAACCAGAACUCAACAGCACAGUUUUACCAACCACACCUCAUCCACCACCUCAGAACUUCACUACCGAUCAGGUGGAAACUACCACAACAACAGCAAGCAACAGCACAGCAGUUGAGGGGCAGGUCCGUCUGGCCAAUGGAGGAAACAACUCCUGCUCUGGCAGAGUAGAGAUCUUCCACCGUGGACAGUGGGGGACGGUUUGUGACGAUGCCUGGGACCUGGUUGAUGCUCAGGUGGUGUGUAGACAGCUGGGCUGUGGCAGGGCCCUGUCAGCACCACAAGGUGCACGCUUUGGACAGGGAAGCGGGCCCAUCUGGUUGGAUGAUGUCACAUGCAGAGGCAGCGAAUCAAAGCUCAGCGAGUGCAGCCACAGAGGGUUUGGGUCUCACAACUGUAAUCACAAUGAGGAUGCUGGUGUGGUCUGUGAAGCUGGUUCACCAGUGAGGCUGGUCAACUCUGACAACCGGUGCUCUGGCAGAGUGGAGGUCUACCAUGAUGGACAUUGGGGGACAGUGUGUGACGAUGGCUGGGACCUGAGGGACGCCAACGUGGUGUGUAGACAGCUGGGCUGUGGCACUGCUCGUUCAGCACUAACAAAUGCAGCUUUUGGACAGGGCAGUGGACCCAUCUGGUUGGACGAUGUCAGUUGUUCUGGAAAUGAAUCAUCAAUAACAGACUGCAGACAUCCAGGGUUUGGGGUCCACAACUGUCGCCACGGUGAAGAUGCCAGCAUCAUCUGUGAAGUUCAACCAGAACUCAACAGCACAGUUUUACCAACCACACCUCAUCCACCACCUCAGAACUUCACCAGCGAUCAGGUGGAAACUACCACAACAACAACAAGUAACAGCACAGCAGUUGAGGGGCAGGUCCGUCUGGCCAAUGGAGGAAACAACUCCUGCUCUGGCAGAGUAGAGAUCUUCCACCGGGGCCCUGUCACGCACCACAAGGUGCACGCUUUGGACCGGGCAGCGGGCCCAUCUGGUUGGAUGAUGUCACAUGCAGAGGCAGCGAAUCAAAGCUCAGCGAGUGCAGCCACAGAGGGUUUGGGUCUCCAACGUAAUCACAAUGAGGAUGCUGGUGUGGUGUGCGAAGCUGGUUCACCAGUGAGGCUGGUCAACUCUGACAACCGGUGCUCUGGCAGAGUGGAAGUCUACCAUGAUAGACAGUGGGGGACAGUGUGUGACGAUGGCUGGGACCUGAGGGACGCCAACGUGGUGUGUAGACAGCUGGGCUGUGGCAGAGCUCGUUCAGCACUAUCAAAUGCAGCUUUUGGACAGGGCAGUGGACCCAUCUGGUUGGAUGAUGUCAGUUGUUCUGGAAAUGAACCAUCAAUAACAGACUGCAGGCAUCAAGGGUUUGGGGUCCACAACUGUGGUCACGGUGAAGAUGCCAGCAUCAUCUGUGAAGUUCAACCAGAACUCAACAGCACAGUUUUACCAACCACACCUCAUCCACCACCUCAGAACUUUACCACCGAUCAGGUGGAAACUACCACAACAACAACAAGUAACAGCACAGCAGUUGAGGGGCAGGUCCGUCUGGCCAAUGGAGGAAACAACUCCUGCUCUGGCAGAGUAGAGAUCUUCCACCGUGGAGAGUGGGGGACGGUUUGUGACGAUGCCUGGGAGCUGGUUGAUGCUCAGGUGGUGUGUAGACAGUCGGGCUGUGGCAGGGCCCUGUCAGCACCACAAGCAUGCAGAGGCAGCGAAUCAAAGCUCAGCGAGUGCAGCCACAGAGGGUUUGGGUCUCACAACUGUAAUCACAAUGAGGAUGCUGGUGUGGUGUGCGAAGCUGGUUCACCAGUGAGGCUGGUCAACUCUGACAACCGGUGCUCUGGCAGAGUGGAGGUCUACCAUGAUGGACAGUGGGGGACAGUGUGUGACGAUGGCUGGGACCUGAGGGACGCCAACGUGGUGUGUAGACAGCUGGGCUGUGGCACUGCUCGUUCAGCACUAACAAAUGCAGCUUUUGGACAGGGCAGUGGACCCAUCUGGUUGGACGAUGUCAGUUGUUCUGGAAAUGAAUCAUCAAUAACAGACUGCAGACAUCCAGGGUUUGGGGUCCACAACUGUCGUCACGUUGAAGAUGCCAGCAUCAUCUGUGAAGUUCAACCAGAACUCAACAGCACAGUUUUACCAACCACACCUCAUCCACCACCUCAGAACUUCACCAGCGAUCAGGUGGAAACUACCACAACAACAACAAGUAACAGCACAGCAGUUGAGGGGCAGGUCCGUCUGGCCAAUGGAGGAAACAACUCCUGCUCUGGCAGAGUAGAGAUCUUCCACCGUGGAGAGUGGGGGACGGUUUGUGACGAUGCCUGGGAGCUGGUUGAUGCUCAGGUGGUGUGUAGACAGCUGGGCUGUGGCAGGGCCCUGUCAGCACCACAAGGUGCACGCUUUGGACCGGGCAGCGGGCCCAUCUGGUUGGAUGAUGUCACAUGCAGAGGCAGCGAAUCAAAGCUCAGCGAGUGCAGCCACAGAGGGUUUGGGUCUCACAACUGUAAUCACAAUGAGGAUGCUGGUGUGGUGUGCGGCGAGUGUAAUUAUUACAAAUGUGUACAGCUAAAGUCUCACUGUCUUUUGUAUGUAGUUUUGCAAAGAUAUCAUCGUCUUCAUGAAGUCCAUCUUUCCUCUGUGUCUCAUAUCAAAAAUAUUAUGUUGCAUAUUUUUCUGUUAGCUGGUUCACCAGUGAGGCUGGUCAACUCUGACAACCGGUGCUCUGGCAGAGUGGAAGUCUACCAUGAUAGACAGUGGGGGACAGUGUGUGACGAUGGCUGGGACCUGAGGGACGCCAACGUGGUGUGUAGACAGCUGGGCUGUGGCAGAGCUCGUUCAGCACUAUCAAAUGCAGCUUUUGGACAGGGCAGUGGACCCAUCUGGUUGGAUGAUGUCAGUUGUUCUGGAAAUGAACCAUCAAUAACAGACUGCAGACAUCAAGGGUUUGGGGUCCACAACUGUGGUCACGGUGAAGAUGCCAGCAUCAUCUGUGAAGUUCAACCAGAACUCAACAGCACAGUUUUACCAACCACACCUCAUCCACCACCUCAGAACUUUACCACCGAUCAGGUGGAAACUACCACAACAACAACAAGUAACAGCACAGCAGUUGAGGGGCAGGUCCGUCUGGCCAAUGGAGGAAACAACUCCUGCUCUGGCAGAGUAGAGAUCUUCCACCGUGGAGAGUGGGGGACGGUUUGUGACGAUGCCUGGGAGCUGGUUGAUGCUCAGGUGGUGUGUAGACAGCUGGGCUGUGGCAGGGCCCUGUCAGCACCACAAGGUGCACGCUUUGGACCGGGCAGCGGGCCCAUCUGGUUGGAUGAUGUCACAUGCAGAGGCAGCGAAUCAAAGCUCAGCGAGUGCAGCCACAGAGGGUUUGGGUCUCACAACUGUAAUCACAAUGAGGAUGCUGGUGUGGUGUGCGAAGCUGGUUCACCAGUGAGGCUGGUCAACUCUGACAACCGGUGCUCUGGCAGAGUGGAGGUCUACCAUGAUAGACAGUGGGGGACAGUGUGUGACGAUGGCUGGGACCUGAGGGACGCCAACGUGGUGUGUAGACAGCUGGGCUGUGGCAGAGCUCGUUCAGCACUAUCAAAUGCAGCUUUUGGACAGGGCAGUGGACCCAUCUGGUUGGAUGAUGUCAGUUGUUCUGGAAAUGAACCAUCAAUAACAGACUGCAGACAUCAAGGGUUUGGGGUCCACAACUGUCGUCACGUUGAAGAUGCCAGUGUUGUUUGUGAAGUUCAGCACCCUCCUCUACAGCCUUCUCAGCUUAUUUGUGGCCGUGAUAAACUCCAAGUGGGGCUGGAUUUGGCUCGCCUUACAUCCUCUGGUUUGAACCCAUUCUCUGGCAACCUGGCAUCCCACAACUGCUCCUGGGUCAGAGUGACUGAUGGUGUCGUGUGGUAUGAAGUGGAAGCCAUAGCAGGUGCCUGUGGAAACACAUUGAGGACCAACAGCACACAUGCCAUCUACUCCAAUAAUUUAUUUAUAUACCCAAUGAGCAACACAUCCUUCAUCAUUCCUGUGAGUCUUCCCUUCUCCUGCGUGUAUCCCCUGGACACAGACACCAGCCUGAAUGUGGCUAUCAGACCAUUUCUGCCGCCAGCAGAUGGCAUUUCAGGCUCAGGUACCAAAGCCAGAGCCUCCAUGUCUCUGUUCCGCAACUCCAACUACACCGAGACUUAUCCAGCAGGCCGGGUCACCCUGCCAGUGGGCGCGCCGUUGUACGUGGGCGUCUCUGUGGAGGAGAGAGAUCCAAGCUUUGCAGUUGUUCUGGACGACUGCUACGCCACUCACUCAUCAAACCCUGACGAUUCCAUGCAACACCCUCUCAUCCAGAACAAGUGUCCCACUGACCGCCAACAGGUGUCAGUGAUUGAGAGCGGCUCAUCCCUCCGGGCUCGUUUCUCUGCCCUGUUCUUCCUGCUCAACAAUGAAUACAGAGACGUUUACCUUCAUUGCAGCCUCAGCCUGUGCGAACGGAGGAGCUCCUCUUGUAUUCCACCUUGCACAAGUAGGACCUAUCGCUCUGUUUCCAACUCUGAUCUUCUGAGUACCCUCAGCAUUGGACCAAUCAUGUGGGACAAGUCACCUGAGUGAGCUGGUAA